AUGGAUAUGGAAGAAGCCCUCAACAGCACUAUACAUCCGACCUGUUUACAAGAACCUCCGCUGGCUAUCGAUAUCAUAAAGCGUGAGUGACACAGAUGAAGUUAUCUAUCAGUUCGCAAAUAGUGUUUCAUUAUAGAUUUCGGUGUUGUUUUUUAAGCGCAUUCUAAUAACACCUUUUUGGGACGCAGGAGGCGGUUUUUAAUGUUUGAUUUACUGCAGUAACUUAACUCUCAAGUUAUCAACAUAUUUUACAUUCAUCGAUUACCAAUUGCGGUCAUUUUGACCGCAAGAAGAAACUAUUGGAAAAAGCAACAAUCAUCGCAAAAUAUAAACGUAUUUCUUAUCAAAACAUCAUUAGAUAUAUAAUGAAUGUUAUCAGAUAAAAAAAAAAAAAAAAAAAAAACAGACUGCUAUUUUAGCUAAAUUACAGUUAAUUAGCAUAUUAUUUCAAACGAAAAUAUAAGCGAAAAUGUUAUUUAUAUGAUGUGCAGCUUUUUCUGAAAGUACUAUCCACAUUAGAAAAGUUCAAAUUGCCCCCAAAUUUUUUGGGGAACACCCAUAUUGGUACGGAAACACUAAAUAAUUAUUUCAAUUUGUUAAGGACAAGUUGAUUGACAAAGUCAUUAAAAAUGUGAAGGUUUGAAUAAACCCCCUAUGUAUGGUCAAAAAUAUGCCUCUGUGGUCAAAAUGAUCCCAUUUGGUAGCUUGAGAGUUAACAUAUUUAUUAAUUUGUAAAUUAAUUAAUUCAUUGAUUUGUUCAUUCACUUUCCAGUUCACAGAGCCAUCUUCAAUACACAGGCGAGCCCAAUAAACAGCUUCUGAGUAAACAUGUCCUUCAAAUGGUAGUCUACAGUCUGUGAUACAGGCUGUUUUAGAGGGACAGCAUUGGCUGUGCUCACGCUAUGUUUGAUUAAAUCUCUUUCACUCUGCCCAUCAUCAAAUCUCCAUAUGUAGACCACAGAUAUGCAUAUUUGGUUUCUCCACAGUCAUUUUCUGUCCUGAGAAGUAGUAUGAUGGAUCAUUUGAUAUGAAUGACAAAUAACUUGCAUGACCUUUCAUCCUUUUCAUUCAGGUAACAUCUCUUUAAGAGUAAUUUACGUUUCUGCUGAUAGCCUUAAUCUCAGUCCAUAUUAAACCACUCAGGAUACACUUAGACAGCUGGGUUUACGCUGGACCGAGUGAAGUAUUGUUGGGAACUAAUUUGCACUCAACCUCAAAAGAAGCUGUGGCUAAAUAAGAGAGCUAAAAUGAUGCUGUUUCAAAAAUACUGUUGUGUCCAAUCCAUGGGGAUGUGGUCAGGGCACUGACCUAUCCUAAUGUCAGGUUGUUGUUGCCAGGGGCUGCUACUUAGAUAGAAUACAAUAAAUGGUCCAGUAAUGGAUUUCUCAAUGACCUAUACAACCUCUCUCUCUCUCUCUCUCUCUCUCUCUCUCUCUCUACCGUCUGAACUCCUUACUCUCUGUCCCUCAACUAGAGCUGGAUGUCUUUGGGAUGGCUCUGUACUCCAUGCUGACCCUCAUGUCUACCGUGUCCCUGCUGCUAUACCUGGAGGAGUGUGUGUUCAUCUAUAGAAAAGUCCCAUCUCCCAAGAAGGCAACUAUUAUGUGGGUAAAUGGAGCUGCACCGGUAAGAACUAAGCUCCCUGUUUCCAGUAGCCAUCACCAUAUAUAUGAAUAUACGGAGCAGAGCGUACAUUCAAUACAUCUGUUUCCGUGUUCUUUUUCAAGUUGUAAAUGUGAAUGUCUGUCAUUCUGUGAUCAUAUUUUUGUCAUGACUAUUUGAUGUUGUCUUUAUAUGAAUAAGAACCAUGUGGAUGAUGAAUAGAUGGCUGAACGUAUCAUUCUGUCUCUGUCUCAGGUCAUUGCCACCAUGGCUUGUUUUGGGAUGUGGAUCCCAAGGGCAACCAUGUUUACAGAUAUGACCUCUAAUUCGUAAGAUUCCUCUCACCCACAUAACAACUUUUGACGGGACGGCGCGCGAGCCCCGUAUAUUUAUUUAGCUCGAGCGCUCGCUCGAGUUAGUAUAUCAUCGCUCUCUUCGCGCUGUAUAUAUCGAAUAUCAAUUUCGACGCUCUCUAUCUAUAUCUUCUUCUGCUUCUUCUCUAUUAUUCUUUGUCUCUCUCUUCGCAUCGCUCUCUCUCUCUUCUUUCUCUUUCUCUCUCUCUCUCUCUCUCUCUAUCUCUCUCUCUCUCUGCGCGCUCUCGCUCUUUCUCUCUCUUCUUCUUCUCUCUCUCUUUCACAUCCUCCUAUAAAGGAAAAAACAUGUGUACUAUACUUUACUAUAGAGAUGCAGUGCUCUUCCUCCUGUAAUAAUGAGCUGACAGGGAACCAUAGCAAGGAGCACUGACAUAAAGCGGAGGAGGCUUUUUAAUGAAUGCACUCAACUAUGUAACCACAGUUUAAUCACUUUCUUAAUCAUUACACUGUGUUAGUGUCUGGGAAAGAUCAGAGAUCAGCCCACAUCCACAGAGAGCUGAUAGGAAAAAAUACAGUAAAUGACACAAACAAACACAAACUUUUUGGGACACAAACAAAGGUUGAAUGCGCAGACUAACUGGUUGGUCACACACUCAUUAUGUGCCUUCAGAAAGUAUUUAUACCCCUUGACUUAUUCCACAUUUUGUUGUGUUAUAGCUUGUAAAAUAUAUAUUCUCAACCAUCUAUACACAUUACCCCAUAAUGACUAAGUGAAAACAUGUUUUUAGAAAUCUUUGCACAUUUAUUGAAAAUGAAAUACAGAAAUAUCUAAUUGACAUAAGUAUUCACACCCCUGAGUCAAUACUUUGUAGAAGCACCUUUGGCAGCGAUUAAAGCUGUGAGUCUUUCUGGGUAAGUCUCUAAGAGCUUUCCACACCUGGAUUGUGCAACAUUUGCCAUUAUUCUUUUCAAAAUUCUUCAAGCUCUGUCAAAUUGGUUGUUGUUUGUUGCUAGACAACCAUUUUCUGGUCUUGCCAUAGAUCUUCAAAUAGAUUUAAGUCAAAACUGCAACUCGGCCACUCGGGAACAUUCACUGUCUUCUUGGUAACCAAAUCCAGUGUAGAUUUGGCCUUGUGUUUUAGGUUAUUGUCCUGCUGAAAGGUGAAUUCAUCUCCCAGUGUCUGGUGGAAAGCAGACUAAACCGUGUUUUCCUCUAAGAUUUUGCCUAUGCUUAACUGCAUUCCAUUUCUUUUUUAUCCUGAAAAACUCCCCAGUCCUUAACGAUUACAAACAUACCCAUAACAUGAUGCAGCCACCACUAUGCUUGAAAAUAUGGAGAGUGGUACUCAGUGAUGUGUUGUAUUGGAUUUGCCCCAAACAUAACACUUUGUAUUCAAGACAAAAAGUUAAUUGCUUUGCCACAUUUUUGCAGUAUUACUUUAGUGCCUUAUUGCAAACAGGAUGCAUUUGGAAUAUUUUAAUUUUGUACAGGCUUCCUUCUUUUCACUUUGUCAUUUAGGUUAGUAUUGUGGAGUCACUACAAUGUUGUUGAUCCAUCCUCAGUUUUCUCCUAUCACAACUAUAAAAUGUUAUAACUGUUUUAAAGUCACCAUUGGCCUCAUGGUGAAAUCCCUGAGCUGUUUCCUUCCUCUCCGGCAACUGAGUUAGGCAGGACGCCUGUAUCAUUGUAGUGACUGUGUGUAUUGAUACACCAUCCAAAGUGUAAUUAAUAACUUCACCAUGCUCAAAGGGAUAUUCAAUGUCUGCUUUAUUUUAUUUACCCAUUUACCAAUAGGUGCCCUUCUUUACGAGGCAUUGGAAAACCUUCCUGGUCUUUGUGGUUGAAUCUGUGUUUGAAAUUCACUGCUCGACUGAGGGACCUUACAGAUAAUUGUAUGUGUGGGGUACAGAGAUAAGGUAGUCAUUCAAAAAUCAUGUUAAACACUAUUAUUGCACACAGAGAUAUUACUGCACUGUCGGAGCUAGAAGCACAAGCAUUUCACUACACCCGCUAUAACAUCUGCUAAACACGUGUAUGUGACAAAUACAAUUUGAGUCCAUGCAACUUAUUAUGUGACUUGUUAAGCACAUUUUUACUUCUGAAUUUAUUUAGGCUUGCCAUUACAAAGGGGUUGAAUACUUAUUUACUCAAGACAUUUCAACUUUUCACUUUUAAUUAAUUUGUAAGAAUUUUGAAAAACCUAAUUCCACUUUGACAUUAUGGGGUAUUGUGUGUAGGCCAGUGACAAAAAAACUCUAAAUUUAAUCGAUUUUAAAUUCAAGCUGUAACACAACAAAAUGUGGAAAAAGUAAAGGGGUGUGAAUACUUUCUGAAGGCACUGUACAAUGUAUCUUACAAGUAAACCCUCUCCUUUUCUCUAUAGGUACUUUGCAGUGGUGGUGUAUAAGGUCUUGGUUUUGAUGAUAGAGGAGAGUGGGGGUAGUGAGACAUUUCUGAAGCGCAAUUACAAGAAAACCUUCAAGAUCAGUACAGGACCCUGCUGCUGCUGCUGCCCCUGCCUGCCACGUGUUCCAGUCACACGGUAACCAGGGGCACACCAGGGCCUGUCAUCAAACAGCAAUAUAUCAGCCAAACUGGUUUGGUUAUGAUGAUAAUUAUUCUUAUGAAGAUAUAUAAAGUGUCACAUUACUUUAUCUUUCAACAUAAGUCAGGCCACAUGAUGACUCAUGCUCAGGUCACUCUUGGGCCAGAUGAUUAUUUGUGUUGGUAAUGUAUACAGUGGUAAGAACAUGCUAAUAACUUUGGGCUGUUUUCAUUCAGGCGCAUGUUAUUCAUGCUGAAGCUGGGGGCUCUUCAGUAUGCUAUCUUAAAGACAGUUCUCUCAAUCCUCUCCAUAAUAUUGUGGACCAAUGGCAACUUUGAUAUUUCUGAUGUAAGUAAUAAACUUCCUUCUUGUGAAAAUCCUGUCAGCAAAAACAAACACCCCCUCUACACCUUACGUUUCCAACUGAGCCUGGUGGCAUGCCAUGUAGGUCCACUGUGCAUAACCUACCCUCUUUGACCUUUCUCCAUGUCUCGAUGUUUAGCUGGGGAUCAAAGGCACGGCUAUUUGGAUCAACCCAUUUAUAGGGGUUCUCACCAUCAUCUCCCUUUGGCCUGUCGCCAUCAUGUUCAUGAACACAUGCAAGACACUGCACAGCCUUAGGAUCAUACCUAAGUAUGCCAUGUACCAGGUGAGUCUGACCUUACUGCACCAACCAGCUGGUCAAGGAACUGCCUUCUUCUAAGUGCCAUUGAUGAGAAUACAUAAUCUACUGUCAUUUACUGAGUCCUUGACCUUGGCUUUGUGGAAUGUUAUGUCUGAUUGGGUCUGGCAGUGUCCAUUCCUACAUCCUAAUAUUCAAUGUAUCUCCAUGAUGCCACUGGUCAUGUGUCCAUAGCUGGUGCUGGUGCUCAGUCAGCUGCAGACGGCCAUUAUUAACAUCCUGGCCUUGGAUGGAACCAUCGCCUGCUCCCCGCCCUUCUCCUCUAGAGCCCGUGGCACCAGUAAGUGACAGAACAGGUCCAAACCGGUCCAAACGAGAGCCAUUACUUGAUCAAUAUGAAGUCCAUGUCCUCCAACCCUGUCUGGUCUGUGUCUAUCUGUCUGUCUGCAGUGUUGAGUCAGAAGCUAAUGAUUGUGGAGAUGUUCAUCAUCACCCUGGUCACACGGGCGUUGUACCGCCGCACCUACGACCCACUGCCAACCGACCCCCACGAGACUGA